UGCAAGAUCAGCACACCACAUGAAUAAUCAAAAGGCCAAAUAUAUUUAAGUAUUUUUUUAUCUUUAUUUUGUUUUGGUUGAGAAUAAUGAAAGUCGAGGUUGAAGUUGAAGUAAUCUCCAAAGAGAUUAUCACGCCCUCAUCUCCUACCCCAAGCCAUCUUCGCCAUUAUCGGCUAUCCUACCUUGACCAAAUAUCUCCCCAAACUUACAAUCCUUUAGUCUUGUUCUAUGAAUUAGACGAUGAUUAUCAAGAUCAUCACAAUGGCUCCAUCAAUAUCGAUCAAAUAUCCAACAAGAUUAAGAAUUCUUUAUCAGAGGUUUUAACUCUUUACUACCCUCUAGCCGGACGAGUCAAGAACAACCGAUUCGUUGACUGUAACGACGAGGGAAUUCCCUACUCAGUAGCCCGAGUCAAGUCCCCGUCUCAUCUUUCCGAUGCCAUAAACAAUCCAGCCCCUAAAGAACUCAAUAAAUUUCUUCCAUUUAUUGAACUCUCUCCAUUAAACGAAUUUUCCUUGGGCUUCCAACUCAACAUCUUCGAUCGUGGCGGUGUCGCUGUCAGCUUAUGCCUAUCGCACCAGCUCGGCGAUGCAUUAUCUUGCAUCAUGUUCGUAAAAACUUGGGCCGCCAUCGCUCGUGGAGAAGGCGAUCGAGUAGCGCGUCCUGAAUUUGUUUCGGCAGAAUUGUUUCCACCGGUGGAUGUACUCAAGUUCAAUCCAAACGGCAGUAUCAAUAAAAAUGUCAUAUCAAAGAGGUUUGUGUUUGAAGCCAAAACGAUCGAGGCUAUCAGGUUAAAUUACGAGAAGAAGACACGCUUGGAAGGCGAGAGAGGACCAUCACGAGUGGAGGCCUUAUCUGCUUUCAUAUGGACCCGUUUUGUGGCUGCAAACACCAGCAACGACGUCGACAAGCUCUACUUGGCCAAAUCAGAGAUAGUGUACUCAGUGUGUCAUCCCGUAAAUCUUCGUCCAAAGCUUGAUCCGCCACUGCCUGACCACUCAUUCGGGAACCUUUAUCGGUGGGGCUUUUCAUUAUACCCGAUGUCAUCAUCAUCGGUCAUAGGUACUUCUUUUUCAAGCGACGAGUACGGUUGUGAGGCGGUGAGGAAAAUAAGAGAAGGGAUAAGACAGGUGGACAAUGACUUUUUGAGAAAGGUUCAACAAGGAGAGGAAGAACAAUUUGAUUUCAUCAUGGAAUAUGCAAAAGAGUUGUAUUUGAUAGGAGGAGAGUUGAGACUUUUUAGCUUUUCCAGUCUGUGUAGGUUUCCUCUUUAUGAUGCUGACUUUGGUUGGGGCAAGCCACUAUGGGUCAGCUCAGCUUCUUUGACUUUUAGUAAUCUAGUUGCCUUAAUGGACUCUAAAAAUGGUAAUGGAAUUGAAGCAUAUAUUGGAUUGAAGGAGGAUCAGAUGGCUAAGCUUGAAGCUGACCAGGACUUUCUUAAAGCAUGCUCUAUACCUAAUAAUGUUUCGUGAAUUACUUUGGCCAUAUUUUUAACAAAAAAAUUUUAGGUAUACAUGGUAACAAUCCCCAUCAUUUAUAUAUACUUGUAAUAUGAUUUAUAUAUAUACAUAUAUUAAUAUUGUGUUGUCGUGUA